AUGGCCCGAUCCCCAUCUCCCAGCCCAAGGGCUACUAAAACAACGAGCAGAGCACCGUCCGUUGUUGACGUCCCCAUUGUGUCUUCCUCUGUUGUCUCGUCACCGGCGCUGCGCCCUACCACAACAUCACCUCCAGUCGACGAAUGCGAACUCAGCACUUUACCCGAUCCGCGCAGCCGAGCUAUGAGCCCUGCGAGCGACGCCGAAACUGCCCAUCAUCCGGAUUUAAACGAUGAAGUUGCAACCUUGAGUGCCAAGUUGAUUAAUGCCAUCAACCACCAAACAACUCUUGACGAUACGCUAUCAGCUACGCGCCAGGAGCUGGAAAGAGCGCGCGAUAAAAUCAAGCAUUUGGAGGAGCAGAACGAAUCCCAGCGGGAAAUGCUUGCUGGCGACAUCUGGAUUCGCCGGAAGACCGCAGAGGACGAGAAGAAAACGAUCAUGCUCCGUCUUACGCAGGAGAAGAAGUUGCGGGAGGAUGCUGAGAAGGAGACCAAGAGGAUUGAACAAGAGCUGGAGAACUUGACCACGGCCUUGUUUGAGGAAGCAAACAAGAUGGUCAUCUCAGCUAAAGAAGAGGCACGACUGGAGCAGGAAGCCCUUCAAAAGAAGAACGACCACUUGCGGUCCCAACUGGGCGAUAUGGAGGCCUUGCUGACCUCCCAGCAGCAGCAACUCGCCGAUUUAAAGCACGUCAUGGAGCAAUUGACCGCCGAAAAGGACGACGCUACAAUUGGAACUGCUCCUCCCUCGCCUGGCUUCAGCAAACUUGAAAUCAAGGAUGACGAGCGCUCGGAAGGCCUUGUCUCUUCGUCUCUCGUGGACCCCACUACGCCAACAUAUCCCACUAGCUUGUCACAUCUCAUUCAGCCGGUUCUCAGGACUGACUUGGGCGCAUUCGAAGACUUUAUCAGUCUCACACGCUUGUCUCGCAACCGUGCAGGAAGCCGUGUGUCGUCCGGCUCCUUUAAUGGCCUCCACGGAUUAGGUCUUGGUAUCGGGGGCAGCACCUCUAGCGCUCACCCCUCCAACGCGUCGACUGCUUCUCUCUCCACAACAGGAACCUCUGCGACGUCUUCACCGCAGACACCAAACACCCCGGCCUCCGUCUCGAGCACAGCUUCAUCCAACUUGGGCCCACCCCCACCGGCUCUCAAGGAAACAAAGUUCUUCAAACGUGUCUUGGCCGAAGACGUAGAGCCAACACUCCGACUGGAUAUCGCCCCGGGUCUCUCUUGGCUUGCGCGCCGUAGCGUUUUAAAUGCCAUGAGUGACGGCUCGAUCGUGGUGGAGCCAAUUCCCACCAAUGCGCCAUUUGCGUCACUUGUCAAACCGCAGUUCUAUCCCUGCUCCUUGUGCGGCGAUGCGCGCAAGGACGAGGAGCAUCUGCGAACCUACCGCUUCCGAACCAGCGAGUCCGAGACAGCACAGCGCUAUCCCCUCUGCAAAUACUGCUUGGGCCGUGUGAGGUCCACUUGUGAUUUCCUCAACUUUCUACGCAUACUAAAAGACGGCCACUGGCGAGCGGAAGGCGAGGAUGCAGAGAAGGCAGCUUGGGAAGAGAGUGUUCGCUUGCGCGAGCAGAUGUUUUGGUCUCGCAUAGGCGGUGGCGUUGUUCCCGCUAGCCAUCCUGUGCCUUCCUCGGAUAGGAGUCCCAGAACCAGCCAAGAGAGCGAUUCUAGGAAUGCUGCACCGGGGGCAGUAGUAACAGUGGCGGAAAGCCCCAACGAUGAUGAUGACCAUUUUGCCACUCCUUUGGAAGAGACUACGACUCAAAUGGACACCGGAGUCUCGCUGGCGCGGCCAUCUACGCCCUGCCCGAGUGACCAAACCCCAACAAACUCCCUGUCAUUGGAAAAAGGUGACAUAACCGAGAAGGAGGGAGACAAACGCCUCUCUAUCAACAUUCCCAAUUCGGAAGCGGAGCAUCCUGCUAUUACAGCUGUUGCUGAAGGGCAAUAA